CUCUCCGCCUGCCUACCCGCGCAUGGGCAGAUCUCGAGAAGUUCCUCCCCCUCCCCCUCUUCGCCCUUCCUUUUUGCUUCUCCCCCGAGAUACCCGCGCCGCGCAAUGUCCGAAUACGACAUUGACAGCAUCAUUUUCAAGCUCCUUUCGGUCCGGGGCAACCGCCCGGGCAUGGAUGUCCCCAUGACCGAGGGCGAAAUCCGCUGGCUGUGUGCCAAGGCCCGUGACAUCUUCAUCAGCCAGCCUUCGCUCCUGGAGCUUGAGGCUCCGGUCAAGGUCUGCGGCGACAUUCACGGCCAGUACUACGAUCUGCUGCGGCUGUUCGAGUACGGCGGCUUCCCGCCCGAGGCCAACUACCUCUUCCUCGGGGACUACGUCGACCGUGGUCGCCAGUCCAUGGAGACCAUCUGCCUGCUGUUGGCCUUCAAGAUCCGCUACCCGGAGAACUUCUUCCUCUUGCGCGGGAACCACGAGUGUGCCAGCAUCAACCGUAUCUACGGUUUCUACGACGAAUGCAAGCGUCGGUACAGCACCAAGCUCUGGAAGAUUUUCACCGACUGCUUCAACUGCUUGCCGAUUGCGGCCGUCAUUGAGGAGAAGAUCUUGGCCAUGCAUGGCGGCCUGUCACCGGACCUCCAGUCCAUGGAGCAAAUCCGCAACAUCAACCGCCCGACUGAUGUCCCGGACAGUGCGAGGGUGCAAGGGACAACCAUCGGUGGGGAAUGA